UAGUGGCUGGGAAAGCGGAGUUCAGACGGCAGCAGCCGGAGCGCGGAGCGGAUGCGGCCAGUGCGUGGAGCAGCAGCAGCAGCAGUAGCAGCAGCAACACGAAUCGCGAGCCCCCGGGCGGGAGCGCGCCCGGAGUCUCCGGCUCGCCUUCGGGGGGAGUCCUGCGUAGACCGAGACAGCUCUUGGGGCAGACUGGCCACCUGAGCCCCGGGGAAGAGACUUCCCCUCUCCUGGGAAGGGGGGACGGGAUACCGUCUCGCCCUUAGCCGCUUCUUGUUCCGACCCCCUACAUCACCAGCACCGCCGCCCCCCGCCGACCUCUCAGAGGGGCUCGGCACUCGAAAAGAAGGACGUUGUAAAUCAUCCCGGUGAUUGCAUAAAGCUGGAGGAUUUCUUCCUUCCAAGUUGCAACGAAUCUCUUCGUGCAAGUUCUUUUUUUUUUCAGAAAAAAAGAAACCCAAACCAAGCCAGCCAGCAGCUUGCCAGACUUGGCCCCAUCCUCUUCUUUCCAGCGUUCCUUUGGGUAGUUGAGAAGCCGGUGGGUCCGAGGACUUCACUUGCCUUCCCCGGUCUCUCACUUGCCCUACAGCAGCAAGCGUGUUUGAAUAACUCUCAAGUUAGGAUCUCUUCGUUUUGUCUCUGUCUCUUGUCUCUCCUCACGCUGUGGAAGAAGGGCACCCCCCUCCCAGCCACCCCCACCAGUCUCACUACUUCGUUUUUGAUAUUACUGUUAUUCGUCCUAGACGAUCUCCUCCGUGCCCGUACCCAUGUAAUAAUUCAUUCCAAGAUUCUGAGCAGAACAAGGAUUUUGCUUUUCUUUACCCACCUCAUGGUGCGCUUUGGGUCUGACUUGAAGGCAACGGAAAGGAACGGCAUGGCUGAGGAGCAGCUUUAGACGGAGAUUCUCUUGCUCACACAAGGAAUUCAAGUUCUUCUUAGUGUUCGGUUGGACAACUCCUUAGCCAUUCUGGAGAUGGACUUGCUUUCCAGGACCUACCUCUUGGCAGCCUUAUUAACCUGUAUCGUGUUUCAGUCCGGUGCCCAGGAGAAGAAUUAUACGGUGCGGGAGGAGUUGCCAGAAAAUGUCCUAAUUGGCAAUUUGCUUAAGGAUCUCAACUUGACUCUGGACCCUGAUGUGCCCCUUUCGUCACCCCUGCAGUUCAAGCUUGUGUAUAAGACUGGGGAUGUUCCGCUGGUGCAUGUGGAGGAGAAUACUGGAGAAAUAUUCACCACUGCCAACCGCAUUGACCGGGAGAAGCUCUGCUCUGGCAUUUUUAGUGAGAACCGCUGUUUCUAUGAGGUGGAAGUUGCUGUCCUGCCCGAUGAAGUUUUCCGACUGGUCAAGAUCAGGUUCCUGAUUGAGGAUAUAAAUGACAAUGCCCCUCUUUUUCCAUCAACAGUCAUCAAUAUCUCUAUCCCUGAGAACACGGCCAUCAAUUCCCGGUAUUCUGUCCCAUCUGCUCUUGAUCCUGACAUUGGAGUCAACGGCAUCCAGCAUUAUGAACUCCUUAAGCCUAAAACAGCUCCGAAAAGGACCUUUGGAUCCAUUACAAAUGAACAGGGUCAAAAUGUAUUUGGACUUGAUAUAAUUGAGACGCCGGAGGGGGACAAGUGGCCCCAGUUGAUAGUACAGCAGGUCCUUGACAGGGAGCAGAAGGAUACCUAUGUGAUGAAAAUUAAAGUGGAAGAUGGCGGCAACCCUCCACGAUCCAGCACUGCUAUUCUCCAAGUAACAGUCACUGAUGUGAAUGACAACCGCCCAGUGUUCAAGGAGAAUGAUAUUGAAGUCAGUGUUCCUGAAAGUGCCCCUGUAGGCACCUCUGUCUCUCAGCUUCAUGCUACUGAUGCCGAUCUGGGCUCAAAUGCCCAGAUCCACUUCUAUUUUAGCAGCCAAAUCACCACCUUGGCCAAAAGGCUGUUUGCCAUUGAUAACACCACAGGUCUCAUCACCAUCAAGGAACCACUGGACCGGGAGGAAUCUCCAGUACACAAGUUAACAGUCUUAGCAAGCGAUGGCAGUUCAACACCUUCAAGAGCAACAGUGACCGUGAAUGUCACAGACAUUAAUGAUAACAUCCCAUCAAUAGACACAAGGUACAUUAUCAACCCGGUGAAUGGGACUGUGCUUUUGUCAGAGAAAGCACCACUCAAUACUAAAAUUGCCCUGAUUACUGUAAUGGAUAAGGAUUCUGAGCUUAACGGCAAAGUUACCUGCUACACUGACCACGAUGUGCCAUUCAGGUUAAAGCCUGUGUUUGAUAAUCAGUUUCUGCUGGAGACAGCCACAUUCCUCGACUACGAGGCCACCCGGGAAUAUGCCAUUAAAAUAGUGGCUUCUGAUUCGGGGAAACCACCUUUGAACCAGUCUGCAAUGUUACUCAUCAAAAUCAAGGAUGAGAAUGACAAUGCACCAGUGUUCACGCAGCCCGUCAUUGGACUGUCUAUCCCUGAGAAUAAUGCUCCUGGCACCCAGCUGACCAAGAUUAGUGCUACAGAUGCAGAUAGUGGGCGCAAUGCUGAAAUCAGCUACAUGCUGGGCUUAGACGCACCACCCAUCUUCAACCUGGACCGCCGUACAGGCAUUCUGACAGCAGUGAGAAAGCUGGACAGGGAAAAACAGGACAGAUACUCAUUCACUGUGCUGGCGAAAGAUAAUGGGAUGCCACCCUUACAGACCAAUGCUACUGUGACAGUUUCAGUCUUGGACCAGAACGACAACAGCCCUGCCUUCACCCAUAACGAGUAUAAUUUCUAUGUACCAGAAAACCUACCCAUGUAUGGCACUGUUGGGCUGAUCACUGUGACAGACGCAGACUCCGGAGAGAACGCAGCCGUGACCUUGUCUAUAUUGAAUGGCAAAGAUAAUUUCAUUAUUGAUCCCCUCACUGGAGUCAUACGGCCUAAUAUUACCUUUGACAGGGAGCAGCAAGGUUCUUAUACCUUUCAGGUGAAGGCUGUGGAUGGAGGGAGGCUGCAACGCUCAUCAACUGCCAAGGUGACCAUCAAUGUGGUUGAUGUGAAUGACAACAGGCCUGUUUUUGUCAUGCCUUCAUCUAACUACUCGUAUGACUUGGUUCCAAUAACCACCAGCCCGGGCUCUGUAGUCACAAAGGUGUUUGCCAUUGACAAUGAUACAGGGAUGAAUGCAGAGCUUCGCUAUAGCAUUAUUGGUGGGAAUUCACGGGGAUUGUUUAUGAUUGACCAGUUAACAGGCAAUGUUACUUUGAAAGAGAAGGUCAUAUCGGCAGAUCAUGGGUUACACAGGCUGGUUAUCAAAGUCAAUGAUUUAGGACAGCCUGAGUCACUAUAUACUAUAGCACUGGUGCAUUUAUUUGUGAAUGAAACUGUCACCAAUGGAUCCUAUGUCCAAGAGUUAGUGCGCCGAAACAUGGAAACUCCAGUUGGCCAAAACGUUGGGGAUGGUGAGAUAACUCCACAGACGAACGACUAUGUCAAGAUCAUAAUUGCUAUCAUUGCAGGUACCAUGACAGUAAUACUGGUCAUCUUUGUGACUGCCCUGGUGCGAUGCCGUCAAACACCCAGGCACAAGGUUGUCCAGAAAAGCAAGCAGAGUGGUGAGUGGGUUUCUCCAAACCAAGAAAACCGUCAGAUCAAGAAGAAGAAGAAGAAGAAGAAGCGCUCUCCCAAAAGCCUUCUUCUCAACUUUGUGACCAUCGAAGAAUCUAAGCCUGAUGAUCCUGGCCAUGAACAUAUCAAUGGCACUCUGGACAUUCCCGUGGAGCUGGAAGAACAGACUAUGGGAAAAUAUAACUGGGCCACCACACCAACAACCUUUAAGCCUGACAGCCCAGAUUUAGCAAAGCACUACAAGUCUGCCUCGCCACAGCCCACUUUCCAAAUAAAACCCGAGACUCCAGUGCCACCGAAGAAGCACCAUGUCAUUCAGGAACUGCCUCUGGAUAACACCUUCGUGGUGGGCUGCGAUUCACUCUCUAAGUGCUCCUCCAGCAGCUCAGACCCUUACAGCGUCUCUGAAUGCAGCUGUCAAGGAGGUUUCAAGACUCCAGGCUCCAUCCACAACAGACAGCUCUGAACGUCUUCGCAUCAGCUGUUAAGUACUGAAGUCGUAUACACAAUGAUGUUAAGCCAGCAAACAUGGAAAUAUGGGAAUAGCACGAGAAAGCCCUUUGUCCUCUCUCCCUGAUUGCUGAAGAAUUUUAUCGUCUGAUCUCCAGAGGGGUUUUCGAAGUGGCGGUGAACUGUUCAAGCUGCCCUACUGAAAGGUAUUCAGGGCAAGAACGCUAAGACAGAAAAGGAAAGAAAAGAAAGACAAAGAGAGACUUGAGAACAUUGUGCUAUAAGUGUUCGAUAAUGUAGGGUUUUUCCCUAAGGCAAAAUAAGUGAUAUUAACCAUCACUGGGUGUGAAUGGUGGUAACUAUAUAAGAUAAAUCUUUUUAUUCUCUUAUGUUGCUGAUAGCCACUUUGUCCUUAACGGACUAAUGCCCUUAACUUAUUUAUGCUGAGGAUAUAUGUUGUCCAUGCUCCCCUCCCUUAUAGCAGAGAUGGGGAACCUGUUCCUUUCCAGGUGUUGCUGGACUGCAACUCCCAUCAGCCCCACCCAGCAUGCCCAGUGGUUAGGGAUGGUGGGUUGCAUAGUACAGCAACAGUGAAGGGCCACAGGUUCCCCAAUCCCACCUUAUGCCUUCUCCCCCAUAUACAUGAUGAUAAAGGAGCAAUAACUUUUAGGCAUAUACAUCCAAAAAAAGAAAGACAAAGUAAAGUUAUCUAUACUCCCUGCAUUUCUUGGUAAAAUACUUUGUCUCAUAUGCUCCAGAAUGAGAAAUUAUUGUUGGUUUAUUUUUUAUUUUCUUGGGUGGGGGGGAGGGGGGGUUGUUGUAAGAAAUACUUUUUUCCGCUAUGCAGGAUAGCCAGAUAUGAGCAUUUUACAGUGCUUUGUCGAUCUUAAAAUGCCGAAUGGCUCUUUCCACUGGCUUAACAGGCUAUCAGUCCUCAGCAUGGUGGAAAGUCAGCUGCUAAUGCAUUUUCUCCAUGACACACAUCAUGGAGAAUGUGACGGACGGUUCCAUGUGCAGCAGGGGUAGGAAACAUGGGGACCUCCAAAUAUUUCUGGACUCCAAUUCCCAUCAGCUCCAGCCAGUAGCUUCAAUGGCCAAGGAUGAUGGGAGUUAUAGUCCACCACAAUGAGUACCCUUGCUCUACAUGGAACACCCACCUCCACAUGUUGCAUCCAUGGGGUGGGGGAGAGUUGUAUAUCUGCUCCUCUAUCAUAGGUCCACUAGGCCUCCAAGCCUAAACAUGUGGAAUGGGAAGUAAGUCCCAUUGAUUUCAAUAGGACUUACAUCUGAGUAAACAUGCAUAGGAUUGUGCUGCAUGUUGUAUGAACUGGGCCCAAGAGAGGGUGUACCUCGUACUUGCAAUUCCGUAUAGAUAUAUGUAUAGUAUACACUUGUAGCCAGCCUCUCUCAUAUUUUUUUUAUUAUUCUAACUGUUAAGCUUUUCAAUGAAAGCUUAUUUUAUAUUAUGCUGGCUAGCAUUUUUAAGAGUACCUACUUAGGCACAAUUUAGAUGGCACGCCCUUCCCCAAUAUUUAAGCAAAAGGUCUUGCAUUUAGUGUGAUUUAAAAAAAAAAAAUCAAAACCUUAACUACCACUAGUACAAAUAAAUAAUAAUACUGCUGCCUAGCAUUAAAAUGGCUGCCUUUUUAGGCAAUUUGGCAAGAUCACUGAAUUUAUCUUUGGUUAGCAUAAGAUGUAACAUUUUCAUUUUUUGGUUGUUGCUUAUUACAUGUUUAAAAUGUGUACUAUGCCUAUCACAGUUUGCAUUAAUGUGUUGCAUUAAUGUGUUGCAUUGUAUCAUCCUUGGGCAAUAAUGUAAAAGAAUGUACACUUCAUGUAACAGUGUUUGGAUUGGUGCAGGAUUCAUUGAGCACAGUCCACCUAGAACUUUGACUGUGGAUAUCCCACUGAAAAGUAGGAUUCUACAAGAGCACAGAAAUGGUUCUAUUAUCUUCAAAUGUUUUGAACAAUAUUCCUACUGGAUUGCACUCAGUGCUUUUAAAAAAGGGGGAAGGAGUAAAAAGGAAAAAAAACUGGAUUUUUUUUUUGUCGUUGUAUGAAUGCUAAUAUAAAAUUGGAUAGCUAGAUGGCGGGGGAAGGGGGAAGAGGUAUAUGUCCCAAUCACAUAUUAAUUGUCCGCCUAGAUCAACAAGAAAUUGCUCCACGGGAAGCACUUUUGCACAAGAAAAGCAAAUGUAGAAGUGCCACGUGCUUCCACAUUUUAAACACGUGUCUCCUGAAAAAAAGAAAUGCAUAAGCUCCAUAAUUAUUUAAAUCUUUUAUAUUUGCCUGGAGCCCACAUUGAUUUUUCGGACAAGUCAAUGCACAGCAAAAGCUGAGUGCUACUCUCAGUCACAUUUCUUUCUACAACAUGUUGAGUGCAGCAAUCCUGCCAGAGUUAAGCACUCUUAACACACAUUGAUUUUAAAAAGUAAA